AACCUAUUUAAAGGCCUUCCCUUCCUGUUGAUUUUUUUAUCAUCACCAUCCAAUUUAUUCAACUCAUUCAAUUUACUUCCAUCAACCUAUCAAUACAAUAUGCACUUCUCCAAGCUCGUCCCUGCUUCUUUCCUCGCAGCCUCCCUCCCAGCCGCCAUGGCCGAAUGGUGUCUCGCGGUCGGAUCGCACUUCGUGAAUGUAGGCGGCGGCCCAAGACCGAGCCCCGGAAGUACAUUCGACAGUCUCCAAAUCUACAAUGAAAAUGGAGACGAGAUCUACCUGGUCGAGACUCCAGAGUGGGGUACAGGUCUCUGCACUGAUCUGUAUACUGCGACUGCCGGAGCUAUGGGCAUGAAAGAUGAUUUCUCAUGGGGCGCUAGCUGCGCGGCUCCCGGCAAGAUUAAAGAAUGCCAUGGCGCUUCUGGAGCAGCUACUCAUAUUGAGGGCGAGGACCCCGACGACGUUGAUACUGAAUGGUAUGGUAUUGGAACUGGGUUCCAAAAUGCUUGUAUGGUUCAGUUUGAGUGUUUCCCUGCUUAAGGGUGAGGAGCGACUGCGACUUUGGGCUUGGGAUUUGAAGCCCUAGGAGAGGGGAAUUGGUCAUUAUUCCUUGGUUCGAAUUGUCAAUUAGAGAGUCCCAUGCAGCUAUUUUACCUAUCUAUAUUGUGCUAUAUGUUUUGAAGGGUUCUAAGCAUAUACAGCGAGGGUGAUGGUGGUGACAUAAACUAAGAGGUGCCAAU